AUGGAUAGCAAUCAUAAUCUCGUUUCGUCUGCAGGCAUGCUAUCGCCCAUCUCCAGUCAUGAAGUUGGUUCUUUCCAGGUCCGACGUAUACCUUUCGAGCUCUGGGCCCGCAUCUUCUUGUAUGCGACAAGCCAAUUCGAGGCUGAUCACGACUAUGGGACCGCUUGGUGGCCUUCUUUGACCUUCUCGCACGUAUGCGAAUGGUGGAGAUUGAUCUGCAUCGCUGUCCCACAUCUAUGGUGUACAUUGGAUAUCCAGAUCAGCACCUCUUUGAGCGCCCUCUUCCUCCAGAGAUCGCAGCUGAGGCCCCUUAACGUAUAUCUCCAAUCGCCCAUAGCUCUCCGUGACGGAUUCGUGUCCACGGCCCCUACGGUCAUACCACCCCUUUUUCUUUCGAAGACCGUCGUUGAUCGCGUCCACAAGCUCGCGUCCUCCAGCACUCCGUCUUCGUCCGUUGCGCUGACACAUCUUCAAGAGAUACGAAUGCCCCUACCGUACACUGCACUCAGCCACCUAUCUCUCCACUGCUCCAUCAACAGCCAACCGUCCUAUUUCACUGGUCUACUCGAGUUCCUGGAACAUAACCCGUCGUUGGAGGUCUUCGACUUUCUAGGCGGCGAUAUCUACCUUCUCCCGGAAGACUAUGUAUGGAACCGCGGGCGCAUACUUCUUCGUAGUUUGCGUUACAUCUCCAUCAAAACGAUGAGGGCGGAAUCGAGAUUCAUCCAGGCGAUGAUGGAGAACAUCUCAUUCCAGGCGCAGACCGUCGUUCAUUUGGAAGCACAAGAGCUUUUCAGCGUGCUACACGACGGUAUUUUGUCUCUUUUACCGGCCAAGGUUGCCUCAUAUCAAUCAUUCCUCGACGCCCUCCAUGUUCUCCAGUUCAAUCAACCGAAUGAGCUGGGGUUUUCAGUUCUCGGAGGUAACGAUGUCGCUGCUUUCGAGCUUGCCGUUUCCGUCAAGGCUUUCAGUGUAGGGGAUGUUCUUAGCAGCACAUUGUCGGCCAUAGGCAAGAGGCUGAGGUGUGUUGAGGUUAGGGAGCUGUGGUUUGGUCCAGCCGUUAGCGAUUCGGAAUGGAUAUGGCAUUCUGAGCAGAGGGAAAUAUGGGAACAUGUUCUACGCCACUUUCCUUCCCUCGAGACCUUGUCUUUCCCCCUUGGUGAUUUAUCCGAUGCCGAGGACUUCUUGUCCGCUCUUACUGGUGCAGAGAACAGUGGUUUUCCGUGUCCUCGUCUCUCUACUCUUCACGUGUUCGCUCUCCUUAGUACUUGUCCUCUAGAACUCACUCCCCUGCUGAAAUUCGUUAGAGACUGUACCCAGCGUGGAAUAGCACUCAAUCAUCUGCACUUUCAUACUAUUGAUGAUCUACAAAACCAUCCUACUAUCUCCCAGAUUGAACAGCACGUUACUGAGGUCACGUACGACUCCAAUCUUGAAUUUCCACGGGAUUUCCUGGCUGCGCGGAGGUUGGAGAUCACGCACGUUCACCCGUUUGAUAUUUGA